AUGUUGAUGUGUGCCAAUUACAACUGCCCAUUUGGCUACGAAGUUGAUAAAUUUGGAUGUAGAACCUGUUUCUGCAAUGAUCCUUGCGAGGGAUUCGUGUGCCAAGAAAAUUACAGAUGUCAGUCUGUGCAAGUUCAAUGCAUUAUGGCUCCUUGCAAUCCUGUUGCUGAAUGUGUCUAUGAUUGUCCACUCGUCAAAUGUUCCACACAGUGCAGUAGUGGAUUUCAGGUCGAUGAGAAUGGCUGCAAUACCUGCCUGUGUGUAGAUCCCUGCGAAGUUUGUAGAAGCGACUCAAACCAGCCCCAGUGUCUUUAG